AUGAAAGUUUCUAUGAACGCGUCGCUAGUGCGUGAGUAUAACGGGGACGACAAGAACAACAUCAUCGUGGAUAUCGAGGGUCAGGGCCCCAUUCCGUUCUCCCUGUCGCGGUGGAACCAAGGGGAUUUCGCGCCGCGGCUCGCUCCCAGGCAUCCGUACUCGCAGACGAAUCUCGGCAUUCCCGGGGGAAAGGAUGGUUACCAGUCGGAUAACCCGAUGGAAUUCGCACUUCAGGCUUGGCGUCCGAGCCUGGAUAAGGGUGUGGUGCUCGGAUCGGUGGCUCAAAACGGGCAGCAGUGGAACGACGGCGCGCCGUUUUUCUAUGGCACUGUGUCAUGCAUAUACGACUCACACGGUUACGGUUACAGCAUGACCACAGGGGAGUUUGGCAAUGACAAUCCCAACAUUGACAUCGCUAUUGGGAAGGCAGGAGAGGAGGACGAGGGUGUGAUUGACGUCUCAAUCGCAUGGUUUCCUUACCACCAAGGCUGGACCGCUGGGUACGUGGAUGCUCCUUCGCAGCUGGAGAAGGGAGCAGAGGCGAAAUGGGCCACCAACGCAUCUUAUUCGCCCAACCUCCCCGCCGAUCUCUCCCGCAUUAUGCGGUGGGACGGCCGGGGAGCCAGUCUGGAGCUGCCAGGUGUCAACCCGUCAGUGGACGGCAUGCUCUUCCUCACCUCUACGGACCCGGGCCGAUGGAGCAACGAGCUGAACAUCAUGAGCACAUAUGUCAAGCGCAAUGGCCGCGGGUGGCGCAUUCAGGCACGAGAAGACGCAUUUGGGGAUGUGACAGAGCUGGUGGAGAGCCAGGAGCACAUGUUUGCAUUCCUCUACAUCCCCUUCUCCGCCACUGGCAUUAUAGGAGCCACGAUAGCAGCGGAUGGGUCAGUGGUGCGUGGAGCAGGAGUGUUUUCGUGCAGGAGGCUGGGCCUUGGGAUGUACGAGAUCAGCAUUAACAACGAGCACAAGACGCACAAGGACGGCAUCCUCCUAUUGCAAGUGAUGGGGAGGGACGACAGCAACAGGCGCUAUGCUCGUCACGCCUUCCUCUCUUACAACUUCACGGCUCAGGGGUCGAUGCUGGUGGAAUCCCAUCGCCUUGUGAAACAACCCGCGGAGAUGUUUAAGGAAACCUUUCCGUACACUGAUACAGACUUUGCCUUCGUGUGGGUUGAUUUCCGCAACCCUCUCAGCCCCACGCUCCGCUCCUACACCGGUCCCCUCCCACCUCGGCUCUCCGGUUACCGCUUCUGGAGCGGAAUUGUUACGGGAAUAAUCGUCAUGGCAAUCGCAACUGUAGCUGCUCUCUUCUUCCUCUCUCGCCACUCCAUCUCUCUGGUUCCCUCUGUUUUCGUUCCUCUUACAUCUCUACAACCCACCGAUUCGGUAUCGGCUGAAACUGAGCUCGCAGAAGAGCUGCUUAGAGGAGUGGCAGACAUAUGCUUCAUUCUAUUUUCCGCGCGUCCCGACGGAGCGUCGGACCUCGCAGCAGCCAAGGAAGCCCUCAGGAAGCAGGGCUCUUUCAAAACUUUCCUCAAGCUACUCAAAGACUCCGGCUUCGAGUCUAUCCUUGCGCGUUACAUUCAGACCCAGCCCGUGACGCUCCUCGUCCCCACCGAUCGCGCGUUCGCGACGCUCCCGCUGCGCGUCAAAUCGCAGCUCUCCGGUUCCAAGCUCAUCAAGCUGCUCGAAUACCACAUGAUCCUGCAGAAGCUUCCCGUCGGCUUCCUCCGCCGCGCACAGCCCGGAGCGCGCUUCCGCACGGUCUACGGCGUGCAGCUAGUUAAGCAGAAGUCGGCUCUUAAGAACACCGUGAUUUUCUCCCCGCCUGGCGCCAACGACGCGACGCAGAUGGCGGUGGUUACCUGGGGAGACAUUGCUGCGGCGAAGCUGAUUCUGCUGUGCGUUCACGGCACUAACGGCGUGCUGCUGCCCCCUAACGUCUUCUUCUAA